AUGGAGUGUCCAAAAUUAAAGAAGCAAGAAGAAAAGAUUAAGAAGAAAAAGAAGGUCUUGAAAGCCAUAUGGGAUGAAUCAUCUUCAAGUUCAUUAGAAGAAGAUAAAAGGAAGAGCCCAAGGCACGUGACACUCAUGGCCUUAAGCCAUGUGGAAGCUAGCGAAGGUGAAGAUAAUCAUAGGGAGGAUGCAGAAUCUUCAAGUGAGUUAUCAUCUAGUGAUGAUGAGAAUGAAAAUGCACCAUGUGAAAUUUGCAUGCAUUAUGAAAAUGACAUUAUUGAAUUUGAUGGCCUUAAGAAUGAGAAUGCAUCUUUGAAAUUGCAAGUUGAUGAUCUUAGAGGAAUGAAGCACGGAGAUACGACCCCUCGUCCGCGUCGUGGUCCGGGGCGACCCCGGAAGCAGCCUAUCGAGUCAGUAGAGGUUGAGCCAGAGGAGCACGAGGCGGAUUCUGUUGGGGAUCCUGCAGGCGUGGAGGUUGACAGUAGCCGACAGACUCCUCAGACUUCUAUGAGAAAUCCGGGUGUUCAGACUCAGGCGGUUUCUCCGAGAUUACCCCCAGUUAUCCCUACUCCGGUUGCUACUCCUUGGGUGAGGGAUAGAGCCCGUAUCCCAUUAUUGGCUCGGUCGGUGAAGGAUCGAUUUACUCUAUUUCAUGGGGUUCCCGACCCGACGGUUGCUCGGUCUUGGUUGGGAAAUGUGGAGGAUACUUUCGAGUACAUGUCGUGUACCGAAGAAGAAAAAGCCGAAUUAGCUGCGUACCACCUUCGAGAUCAGGCUGUUACAUGGUGGAAGAUGCAGAAGACACUGUUUGGAGACCAGAGCAUUACAUGGACUUUAUUCCGAGAGGCAUUCGAGAGACAGUAUUUCCCAGCUCCUUAUCGGAUGGCACGCCGACAGGAAUUCUUACAUCUGAAGCAGGGUGACCGGUCUGUGAUGGAGUAUGAUGCGGAAUUUAACCGGUUGGCUGAGUACUGCCCUCAUUUAGUUGCCCAGGAGAGCGAUCGGUUAGAUCAGUUCACUCAGGGUCUUGCAGUAUAUAUCCGUAUCAGGAUGUCUGGCUUCACUCCUAGUACGUACCGGGAGGCGUUGGAUAGAGCUCUGAUGAUUGAGAUGACACAACAGCAAAUUUCCCUAGAAAAAGGAAAGGAUAAGCAAAGUGCUCAGGGUACGACUCCGACUCAGAAACAACAGAACCAAGGUCAGAAGAAACGGAAGAAGUGGCAGGGAUCCCGGGCUACUUCGGGGGCGUCCCAUCGAUCAUCGAAGACAAGACGAUCAUCUGUUGGUUCUUCUAGACCUCCGCAGAAGGAUUACUCUGGGGAACUCAGAUGUUUUAGAUGUGGUGCUGAGGGUCACGCUAAACCUAACUGCCCAUUGAGCCAAGAUAUAUGUUACUACUGCAAGCUUCCGGGGCAUGUGAGCCGCGAUUGUACUCUGAAGGCUCAGUUACAGGCUGCUAAGGUUACUCCUCAAGAAAGUCAUAAUACUCAGACUCGACGGCCGAAGGGACCACAGAAGACGCAGAGCACUCCACAUCAGCAGAGUAUACCACCUUCUCGGGCCCAGGUAUACCAUAUUCAGAGUCAGCAGUACCCAGCGGUACCUAUGGCUAUGCAGUAUUCCUCGGCUGUCCCGUCACAUCAGAUGCAUCCGGCACCUCAGUAUUUUCCGACGCCACCUAGCUCUUGUCCGGUGAUCCAGUCUCAGCAGUUAGCUACUACUCCAUCAGCACAGUUUCAGACUGGCACUGAGAUGCCGCCGGCAGGCACGGAGGCAGGACGGGUUUAUGCUAUUACUCGAGAGGAGGCACAGCGGGCCGAGGGAUCGGUCUUUCGGGGUAUGACUACUGUUUAUACUUUUCCUGCAGCAUUAUUGAUAGAUACUGGUAGUUCUCAUUCUUUCAUUUCUCGGAUAUUUCUGAGUAAGAUUGGUAGAUUACCGGUACGUCGGACUCAUACAUUAGCGGUUUCUUUACCCUCGGGAGAGGUAUUAAAUAUCAGUCAGGAGAUUAGAGAUUGUCCAUUGGGUUUCGAGGGUCAGACCCUUACAGUGGACUUGCAGGUUCUGGAUAUGUUAGACUUUGACAUCAUUUUGGGCAUGGACUGGUUGGCCAGAUAUUACGCUACCGUGGAUUGCAGCGCGAGAGUGGUUACAUUUAGACCUCCGGGUCUACCGUCCUGGGUUUUCAUGGGUACUAAGGAUGAGGGGAUUUCUAUCAUCUCAGCUAUGCAAGCUCAGAGAUUAUUGUCUCAAGGAUGCCAGGGGUAUUUGUUAUCUAUGAUUAAGACUGAUCAGGAUCAUACCCCACCGCUUUCUGACAUUCCUAUAGUUCGGGAGUACCCCGAUGUAUUUCCAGAGGAAUUACCUGGCUUGCCCCCAAAAAGGCAAGUGGAGUUCACGGUUGAGUUGAUUCCGGGGACAGUACCGGUAUCAAAGGCUCCAUAUCGCAUGGCACCUAAAGAACUGAAGGAGUUAAAAGUACAAUUACAGGAGCUACUGGAUAGAGGGUUUAUCCGUCCUAGCGUGUCUCCGUGGGGAGCUCCAGUACUCUUUGUGAAGAAGAAGGACGGAUCGAUGAGAUUGUGCAUCGACUAUCGGCAGCUGAAUGCUGUGACUAUUAAGAAUAAAUAUCCGCUGCCACGUAUAGAGGAUCUGUUUGAUCAGCUCAAGAAUACUUCAAAGACGACUGCUAUUACUCCAAGUUAUGCGUGGGAUAGUUUUGCUCGUGCACCUUUAACUGACAAGAAGCGUAGGUGA